AUGGCUCCAGACAGGAUGUUUCUUUCUGAAAUGGAAAAAAAGCCAACAGAAACUUUCAGGGAGUAUGCACACCGUUGGAGAGACGCGGCCACUCAAGUGGACCCUCCGGUUAGCGACCGUGAGGCAAUAUUGAUGUUCGUAGGGACGUUAAAAGAUCCCUACCAUUCACAUAUGGUAGGGUCCACCCCUCAUAACUUCAUGGACAUUGUGUCGGCAGGGGCCAGAGUAGAAGCCGAUGUCAAAGCUAGACGGAUAAAGACUGGCACUACCGAUAAUGGCCCAAGUAAGAAGUGGGUCAAAGAACAAAGGAUGAUAUCUACCAUCCCCGGGAUUCCUCUCACAAAUCCUCCCCCGCACUGGUAUAAUCCCGAGGUCCGAUGCGCGUACCAUGCCAAUUCUCCAGGGCACCCUAUUGACCAGUGUUGGGCCUUCAAACACAAGGUGCAAGAUUUGAGGGACGCGGGUUGGUUGUCAUUCGAUGCGAAGCCGGUUGGUAUUCAAGAGAAUCCUUUGCCUGACCAUGGGAAGGACAAUGUUGGAAUGAUCGAAGAACAAGAUGGGGAAAAAUUCGAAAGAAGAUGGGAGCAAAUGACGCUAGACUGGGUGUAUAGUGAACUGACAACGGCAGGCCUAGCAGGACUAAAGGCUAUUUGCCCUAAAGGCGCCCCAUGCGCAUGCCAAAAUACUACGAAAAAAUCAGUACAACAAUGUGAGACUUUCCGGAUUUUUCUAAGUAGCUUGAUUGACAGCAAACGAGUGGAAGUUAGCCGCAUUCAGAAAACAAAUGAAGUUUCAGUCAUAGGGGAAUCUGACCAUCCCCAAUUCACCAACAGACCAUUUAUCCCCAUCAUGAAAAAAACCCCACGAGUCCCAGAGGCCCCAGUUCGGGUAGUGAUCUCAGCCCCUCGCCCUUUCGCAUACCACAGUGACCGGGCAGUGCCAUGGAGAUACAAUUGUGAAGUGCAACCUAGCCAAGAACAGAAUAGGAACCUGAAGAAGCCAGUUCAAUCUCAGGAAGCCGAAGAAUUCUUGAAGAUAAUUAAACACAGUGAAUACAACAUCAUUGAUCAACUGAAGAAGAUGCUAGCCCAUAUCUCUGUUUUAUCGCUGUUGUUGAGCUCGGAAGCCCAUCGAGAAGCCCUAUUAAAGGCUCUUAAUCAGGCCUAUAUUCCCCAAGACAUCAGCAUCGAUAAUUUUAACCACGUGAUUGGUGGUCUUACGGCUACCAACUACAUUACAUUCGCUGAUGAGGAGAUCCCCGUGGAAGGCCAAGGGCACAAUCAGGCGUUGCACGUUUCCGCUAAAUGUCGAGAUCACAUGAUUGCACAAGUGUUGAUUGAUAAUGGGUCAUCUUUGAAUGUCAUGCCCAUGAUGACCCUACAAAAACUGCCUGUCGACCCGUCCUACAUAAGGCAAAAUAAUUUGACUGUGCGGGCUUUCGAUGGCACCCGCAGGGAAUCGGUGGGAUCUAUUGAAAUUCCUAUGCAAAUUGGAUUAGUCACCUUCGAAAUUACAUUCCAAGUCAUGGCCAUAACCCCGUCUUAUAGCUGCUUAUUGGGGAGGCCGUGGAUACAUAACACCGGGGCAGUUCCGUCUUCUCUGCACCAACGGGUCAAAUUUGUAGUAGAUGGGAAAUUGGUUUUUGUAUAUGGGGAAACCGAUGUUAUGAUAACAAAGCCCACUUCCACUCCUUAUGUGGAAGUCACAGAAGGGGCAUUGGAGGACUCGUUCCGAGCCUUCGAGAUCAUAAAUGUCACAACUAUAGUAGAAGGAUCUCUAAUCUCAUGCCCUCAGAUCUCUGUCGCAGUGCAUAUGAUGGCGUCCAAAAUGAUCAGACAGGGGUACCAUCCGGAAAAAGGGCUUGGAAAAUACCUACAGGGGAUCCAAAAGCCGUUAAUUCUUAAGGAAGUGAAAGACAGAUAUGGCCUUGGCUACAUACCUACGGCGGCAUACCGAAGGAAGAAAGUUGAAAAGAAGAAGAUGCGGAGGAUGGAAAGAAUCACUGGUGAAACAAGCUCUAAGGAAGGACUGUACGUCCCGUCCAUCAGCCGGACUUUCGUAAAAAGCAGUCAAUCCAACCUGGAGGCAGAAUUGCGGCAAUUAAGUAUAUCAGUAUUGGAUGCUGAAGUCCCCUCGAACACUUCUACAGAGUGGAUCCGUCAUCUCCAACCAGGAGUACAGCUUCAGAACUGGAGUUCUUUUGAUUUACCAGAUAUCAUCAUGAAUAAAGAAAAUAACAACACCAGAAUCCCUCGCCAAGUAAUCGACAUUAACUUUGAAAAUUUAAUCCAUGAAACUGAAGUUGAAGAUCAAGAAAUAAACUUGUCCCCUGAAAUGGAAAGAAUGUUAAAGUCCGAUGAAAAACCAAUCUUGACCAGUAGCGAUCCCACCGUCAUGAUUAAUCUUGGAACCGAGGAAGAACCCAAGCAGGUGAAAAUCGGGGCACUACUAAAGGGUGAAGAAAAAGACAAAAUGAUUGAAUUACUAAGGGAAUACCGAGACGUGUUUUCCUGGUCGUACCAAGACAUGCCAGGUUUAGACACGGAUUUAGUAACCCACAAGAUCCCACUUCACUCGGAUUCAAAGCCAGUAAAGCAGAAACUGAGGAGAAUGCGACCGGAGAUGUUACUUAAGAUAAAGGAGGAGGUACAGAAACAGCUUGAGGCAGGAUUCUUGGAGGUAGCCUAG